AUGCUGGGUGUGGCCAACGGUGUUAGUGGUGUGGCCAACGGUGUUAGUGGUGUGGCCAACGGUGUCAGUGGUGUGGCCAGGGGUGUCAGUUGUGUGGCCAGGGGAGUCAGUGGUGUGGCCAGGGGUGUCAUUGGUGUGGCCAGGGGUGUCAGUGGUGUGGCUAGCAGAGCUGGUGUGGCCAACACUGUAAGUGGUGUGGCCAGAGGUGUAAGUGGUGUGGCCAGGGGUGUUACUGGUGUGGCCAACGGUGUAAGUGGUGUGGCCAACUCUGUAAGUGGUGUGGCCAACGGUGUUAGUGGUGUGGCCAGGGUUGUUACUGGUGUGGCCAACGGUGUCAGUGGUGUGGCCAACUCUGUAAGUGAUGCAGGAGUUAACGUGGCCAGCUAUUGA